CUGAUUCGCUCGCGUUCCUCGAUCGAACCAUUCAAUUAUUUCACCAGACUCGGUGGCCUCACUAAUAACCCCAGCAAGCCAUGAAGUGUCCUGUCUAUCCUGGACAUUUGACGAGAUGUCGUCCUCGCAACCGUACCAAUCCUCCCCGUUGACAAGCACUGGUCGCACCCGCAAGUCUGUCUUCACCUUCCGUCACCUUAAUCAACUCGCCCUCUCAUCAACAGCCUGUCCUUUACGCGUCAUAGCACACAUAGAUCUUGAUGCCUUCUAUGCACAGUGUGAGAUGGUCCGUCUGGGCAUACCAGAGGAUCAGCCCUUAGCUGUUCAGCAAUGGCAAGGCCUGAUAGCCAUCAACUAUCCGGCUCGUGAAUAUGGUCUGAAUAGGCAUAUAACCAUGACAGAAGCAAAAAAGCUAUGUCCAGACCUUAUAAUGCAGCAUGUAGCUACAUGGAAAGAAGGAGACGAGAAAUGGGCGUAUCAUGAAGAAGCCUUCAAGCACAUCGCCACUCAUAAGGUCUCCUUGGAUCCAUACAGAAUGGAAUCCAGAAGGAUUCUACAGACGAUCAAAGAUGCUCUUCCUGGAUCUCCAGUGCAAAGGGUGGAGAAAGCCAGUGUCGAUGAGGUCUUCUUGGAUCUUUCAGCGCAGAUACAUGGCAUCUUGCUUGAGAGGUAUCCCGAACUAGAGGGCCCACCACCAUACGACGACCCAACGGAACACCUCCCUCAACCCCCAACAACUGCUCUUGACUGGAACACAGAUGCCUUAGUGGACCUAGAUGACGCCGAGACAGAAGAGGAGGAUCCAGAUUGGGACGACAUCUGCUUGCUGAUUGGCUCUGAGAUUGUCAGGUCAGUCAGAGCAGCAAUUCGACAGAAACUUCAUUACACCUGUUCCGCAGGCCUUUCGAGAAACAAAAUGUUGGCGAAACUUGGUUCUGCUCACAAGAAACCAAACCAGCAGACAAUUAUUCGAAACCGGGCAGUGCAGCAGUUUCUUAGCGGCUUCAAGUUUACAAAGAUCCGCAACCUGGGCGGCAAGCUAGGCGACGAGACAGUCGCCAUGUUCCAGACCGAUAUGGUGAAGGACUUGCUCGACGUCUCUCUAGAGCAGCUCAAACGGCUUGGAGAUGACACUGGAACAUGGCUAUACAGCGUCAUCAGGGGCGAGGAUUACAGUGAAGUCAAUCCGCGCACACAGAUCAAGAGCAUGUUAUCUGCAAAGUCUUUCCGACCGUCCAUCAACAAUUUCGAGCAAGGUGUGCGCUGGCUGCGGAUCUUUGUCGCUGAUAUUUUCUCUCGUUGCGUCGAAGAAGGCGUACUCGAAAACAAAAGGCGACCCAAAACCAUCAACUUACACCACCGUACCGGUGCGCAAACUCGGUCGAAGCAGGCGCCCAUACCACUGGGUAAGCCAAUCAGUGAGGAGGUUCUGUUCAACCUUGGGAAGCACCUUUUCGCCCAAAUUGUUGCCGAUGGUCGCGCCUGGCCGUGCGCAAACCUCUCGUUGAGCGUAGCUGGAUUCGAGGAUGGUGUUACGAACAAUCAUGGCAUCGGCAACUUCCUCGUGCGAGGAGAGGAAGCUAAGGCCAUGAAUGAUAGCGAACGACAGAAUUUACGCGGUCGUCAUCUUGUCGCCCCGUCAAAAAGGAGGAAGACUGAGGACGUUUCUGGAAAAAUCCAGGAUUUCUUCCAUGGCCAUGGUAGACACGAUGCUCAUCCUGAAAUUGCACAUUCUUCUGGUGAUGAGGACCGUCAUGAGCUUGGUGACAGUGAUUUGGAUGGGUAUGAAAGCGAAGCCGCCCAUCAAGGCUAUAUUCGCGGUAUCACCCAGGGUGAUGAAGCACAUCCGACGUCAGCUAUUACAUUACCUACCUUAUCGAAGCAGGAGUGCUCGCCUACACAUGAAUCUAGAUGUCGUCAGCAAUCAUCCAAUACUAUUCUGUGCACUAGAUGUUCUGUUCGCCUACCUGCCGACGGACAAGCAGAGCAUGAGGACUGGCACAUGGCCAAAGAUCUCUCUGAGCAGAUAAGACAGGAGGACCGAGUCACGCAAAAGAGCUCGAGUCACCCCGGCAAAUCCAGUCUGGCCAAGACCAAGACUCGAGGACGCCCAACCAACAGCACAAAAAGUGGAAGGCUUAAAGGUCAGCUCAAAUUAGCCUUUGGUAAGGGAUGAGGCUAUUUUUUGGUCUUACGGACGCAUCAUUUUAGAAGCGAAGUGUGUGCCCGAGAACGGCAUGUGUCUGCAUUUGGACACUUUGGAAGCGACAUUGGAAAAGGUGGAUUGGCAACAGGAUGUCAAUAGUCAACUGCGCAACACCGCAAACGGAGACCGAGAGCUCUGGCGGCGUAGGCUGACGUCUUUUCGUCCACGCUAGCCAUUGAACACAUGCUCGUGUUCACGAUCGGUACAUUGUGUAAGGCCACAAGCACGCGUCUGUGUCUCGAGUUUAUGCUUCAGAUGCUGGAAAUUGU